AUCGACGAGCAAACAACUUUCUCGAGAACAAAAGGGAAAGAUGAUUUCGAGCACCACUGGUCCCGAUAGUGAUCUGGAGAGGGUUCGCGGAUCCGGCGAUAGCGUAGAGGAGGCUCAUCGCGAGGCGAUGAUGGAUACCGAGAACAUGACCCGAGAGCAGCGUAUGCUUGUCUCGGUAGCGAUGGUUCAAUCUCGCGCAGACGAUGACGGAGGCGAUGGCUCUCCUGACGACGGGAUGACUCCCUACUGCUUCUACCCGGGAAAUAUUUUCGAGGAGCAGCGCCGACUCGAUCCGUCGCGAGCUCGUCCCCCUGUAGUUGAGGGGCAAGACUGGAGGAACGUUUUACCGACGCGAUCCACAUUCGAGUCGGUGACGAAGCUGCUGAAGAGAGGCAAGGCGACCGGGGUUACAUUCAUAAUCCCGUCAAAGACCCAAAGGCCGUGGUCCCCCCCGAAGGGGUAUCAGUGCGUAUACGAGUCGUACUUCGAAAAGGACACGAAACUAUGGUUUCCGAUUCCUCGACUCGUCACCGCCUACACGAUGCGCCGAGGAGUCGCUUUGAGCCAAUUCUUGAAUGGCGCUUGGCGUCUAGCAGUUGCGCUGAUGGUGAUUGGGGCGGAAGCUGGCGCUGCUCUCAGCGUCCGAGCAUUUGAGGAGCUGGUCUCGGUGAAGAUUAAUCGAGGCCUGUUAUCACUGAAGAUACGCCCGAACUAUAAUGUGGUAACGGGCUAUCCGACCAAGACGAACGACUGGCAGCGAUCGUACUUCUAUGUUAAGUCCGAUCGCUCGGCUUUCGAGGAGCCGCUGAAGACCGGUUACCGUGUUCUUUGGAACAAUGAAUUUGGUAUUGAAUGUUCUUUAAUCUUUUACUGUUUCAGACUCCUGACCAUCUCUUUUUCUCUUGUUUUGACAGUUCCUCACUCGAAUACCGCGGAGUACGAGGAAGAUUUCUUGGAGAGUGCUCGGAUUAUCGCGUCCCAGAAACAGGAUUUUUGGGAGAACUUCUCGUACAGGAGGAUUCGUAGGUCGAUUGAUCGGAUCAAGCGGCAGGUUUGGCGUUCGGACACCGUUCCUCUCAUCACCAAAAAGUCGAAGAGAAUCAACUUGUUCACCAAAGCCGAGCAGAUUGAAAUUAACCGAGCCAGAGCUAUGAGGGAAUUGCCGGAUCUAAGUUUGGUGGUUGGGAAGCAACUCGGGUUCGUGGAACCGGACCAAAGCUCUAACGCAAACUCCUCUGAUCCCGGGGAGCCGAGAGCGACUGAGUCGGACGGGGCUCAGCUCGUGAGAAAGUCGGGGAGCAAGAGGAAGAAGAGGGAAGGCGUUUCUUCCGAGGAGAAGCAAGCCGAGGAGACUUCCACCGGUGGGGGCGCCGGAUCGGAGAAGAAGCGGGCGCGCAAGGAUCCCGUUGAGGUUCGGCCUUCCUCUGUGGAGAGAGGUGAGCUCCAGGCCUUGGAGCCUAGCAACAAUUCUCGAGAUGACGUUCUCCCGGAUCCGUCUCUCGAUGGUGGUCUUCAGGGGACUUCUUCUAAGGUGAAGAAGAAGUCGAAAAAGAAUAAUAAGAAGAGUGCCGGCGAAUCCUCGGGGCACGAGAUAGCGCCCAAUACGGAGAAGGAAACCGUGGAGGCUCCGACUACUGCCGUUUCCCUCCCCAAGGCGGCGGUUCGUGAAGAUGCCCGGGGAUCGAACAGGUCCUCUCCGAAGGCUCAGGAGGGUAAGGCUGUGCCGAAGAACCUGCAGGGGUUUUGCCCGGAUAAAGUGGACUUCAUUUUCAAGCGGGACACUCCUCUCGUUUGUAACGAGAGAGAUUGCGCUCGUUUCGUCCGCCAAGUCCGGGGAAGCAGAGAGCAUCUCCCACUCGUCAAGGACUUGGUUUUCCAGGACGACUACACCGCUGCUGCCGGUUCCUCGGUUAAGGUAAGUAAUUUUUGCGUUGCAUCCGUUCCUCGUCUUUCUUCUCACUUGGCUGUCUCCACCCAACUCCUUCUCUGA